AUGUUCGAACAAGGGCGGGUUAUUCCAAAUACCUGGCUCCUCGGCGAUAGUGGAUAUCCGCAGAAACCAUGGCUCAUGACACCAUACCAGAAUCCAGCAAAUGAUGCGCGGGAACGAUAUAACACGCAGCACAAGCACAUUCGCUCCAUCGUUGAACGGUGUAAUGGGGUGUGGAAGAUGAGAUGGAGAUGCCUUACCAAAGCAAACAUGUUUCAGCCGGCAAAAGCGUCGAAAAUUAUAGCAGCAUGCGGUGCACUGCAUAAUUUUGCUGUUGCACAUGGAAUUCCCAUAGGUGAAGAAAUUGACGAGGAUCUCAUCAAUCAGCAGCAUGACGUCCCGAAUCAUGAUCCGGAGCCCAACGUUGGGAAUGAUGGUGCUCGUGCACGUGAGGAUCUUGUGCGCCGAGUUUUCACCCGCAGACAAUAA